AUGUCUCAGUUUUAUACUCGCUACGUACCUACUGCCUCCAAAAAAGCUGCCCCCCGUCCUCAGUCUCCACAAGAGAAACGCAAGCGAGAUGAUCAACCUCAGCAAGGAAGAAAACACAAGAAACCGCGGGUUGAUGUCGCAGAAGACGACGGCACUAUUGUCGAUGAUGAACAUCCACCUCUAGAUACAGACCCCCGGAGUCCUCAGCCUCCUCCUGUCAGAAGCAUCUUGAACAAAUAUCGAGUUACCCAGACGCCGCGACAAGGGGGCUCUGCAAGUGUCCCGCAAAAUCUAGACACAAACGCAUCUGCGCCGGAAGGGGUCAAGGAGUCAACACCAGACCUGAAGACUAGAAAGCCAAAGAAGCAAAAAACAAAAUCCUCCUCCAUUGUCCGGGAACAGGCCAGUGAUGGGGGAGAUGAACCAGACGAACAAGACAAACGGCAUGCCUCAAUCUUGUCCAAGUUUGAAAAGGCACGAGCAUCAGAACGAACUCCUAAAGGGCCACAGGAUUCUUCAGACACAUCCCCACCUCCUCAGCUACACGGCCUAGAACCCAUCCCUCAGCCUGACCAACCAGACAUUCUCCCCGAAAAACCAAGCUAUUCAGUUCUUCCACAAUGGCAGGAGCAUGCCUUGCGACCUUCUCCCCAAGAAAAGAAAGAUUUUGAGUCGUUGGGUCUUUCCGGCACAAUUUUGCAAAAUCUGUCAAAGAAUGGCUUCCGUGACGCCUUCCCCAUUCAAACCGCAAUGCUACCCUUACUCCUUCCUGGUCCCAAUAGAUACCCUGGUGAUGUCUGUGUAUCGGCCGCAACCGGAUCAGGCAAAACCCUUGCCUACGUUCUCCCACUGGUCGCAAGCCUGCAAGAUUUGGCUUGCACGAAGCUGAGGGCCGUCAUUGUGGUUCCCACUCGUGAACUCGUCAAGCAAGUCCGCGAGCUUUGUGAGAUGUGUGCUGCCGGUACCUCACUAAAGAUUGCCACGGCCGUGGGUAGUAAAUCACUCAAAGAAGAACAAGACAUGUUGGUGGAAGAGAAAAGAAUAUACAACCCUUCUCUUUUCCGGGAACAGCAAAGCAGUCUCGUUGACUGGCAUUCAUUUUCUCUAGAGAAGCUAGCAGAAAGUACUCGACGCAUUGAUCUUCUUGAGGACUUGGGCUUCAUCGUCCAGCACCGGUCCAAGGUGGAUAUUCUGAUCACCACUCCAGGACGACUUGUCGAUCACCUCCGGUCCACCCCGGGCUUCUCCCUCGAGCAUGUGGAAUGGCUCGUUGUAGACGAAGCAGAUCGCCUGCUCAAUGAGAGCUACCAGGAAUGGAUCGAAGUGGUUGCUCCAGCAUUAAGAUCUCGAGCUGCGAGCAAAACUCGGGAUGACCUCCUUACCAAAAUGAGUAUGUCUCUCCCGCCCCGAAAAGUCACAAAGAUCUUGUUGUCCGCCACAAUGACUAGAGACAUAUCCAAGCUCAAUGCCAUCGGUCUACAUGCGCCAAAGUUGGUUAUUUUAGGAGGUGUGGAUUCAGGACAUUCUCAAGCUGAGGGGCUGAGUACAUCACUCACAAGGGUCGCAGAGGACAAAGUCGAUCAGAGUAUCGCCUUCCACCUUCCUGCUUCCUUGGAAGAAAUUGUGGUCCCAGUUCCAGAUGGAUCUGAAAAGCCACUUUACCUGUUGGCCCUCCUCGAUCGAAUCUCGAGAAUCCCCGUUGUUUCAAACGAUUCCCAAACACCAAAUGGUAGAGCUUCGCAUGGUUCGAGCUCAGGGUCUGAGUCUGAAUCAGAGACCGAAACCGACUCUUCCUCUGAUGCCUCAGAUAGUGUUACUGACUCAAGCGACGACACCUCCUCAGACGAAGAAGAUACGUCGACUACUGAAAGUUCAUCCCCGCCUGCGCACAAGAUGCAGAAUAAAUCCCAGUCCCGCUCCAGUGUCCAGUCUGAGACAAACUCGUCUCAAAGAAUGAGCCGUCAGCCACGUACCCUGAUUUUUGCCAGGUCAACAGCUUCAGCAACACGGCUUGCAAGACUUCUAUCCCUGGUGAGGCCAUCACUUUCGAACCAGCUAUCAACUUUGACUCGAAGUACAACCUCGUCAGCUUCUUCGCGUCAAGCACUAUCCGCGUUCCGCAGUUCCAAGAUCUCCAUUCUCAUCGCGACCGAUCGGGCUUCUCGCGGCCUGGAUGUUCCUGGCUUGGAGCAUGUGGUGUCCUACGAUAUACCCAAUAGUGCACUCACUUACAUUCAUCGGGCUGGGCGCACCGCGCGAGCUGGUCAAGGAGGCUAUGCAUGGUCUCUGCUGGAGCACCGUGAGGCUGCUUGGUUCUGGCGUGAGAUAGGUGGAAAAGGCGACAAAGCUACUGCUCUCAAAGGCUUAGAUUCCAACACACAGUCCAUUGACCGACAAUCCAACAUCAAACGGGUCAAUGUGAAGGUGGAGGAUGAAAGCUUACGUCAACAUUAUGAGAAAGCCCUUGAGCAGCUAGGCACAGAGGCCCGUGGCUCCUGA